UACCAUAAUUGUUGUCACUCUAAUAAUUCCACCACCACUAUGCAGUUCGUUUCUGAAUGUGGGUGGGGGUUCCAGCGGAAACAGUUUCAAUUUUGUUCUCUGGCUUCAGCAAAUUUCAGAUAAGUUCAAGACCUUGAAUCCCGUUCCAGACUCCACCUCGAUUGGCCCCAGAUUCACAUACUCCCCACAAUGCAACAAGGCUCUAGGACGAUAUUGCUCGCGUGUGGCGUGCCAGUUCGCGAUUUAUAUUAUUUACAGGGACUGCCCUUAUUCAUAUCGAUGCUGUCCAUACAAUUCGCCUUAAGAGAUUGGUCCCCUUCGGAAGUGUAAUGUCCUGAAAAAAAUGCUCGGACUUGCAUAGUUCACGCCAAAACUAAUUGAGGACCGUCUCAAUCUCCCCUUCCAAUCAAGGCAAGGGUGGACAUGAAUCUCAUUUGGCCUUUGUAUCACGCACAGAGCUGUAUACAUAUUCAUGCCUUUAAAAUCUUAUACUACACACACUGGCGUUUAUCUAAAUCGAAAUUUUUCUAAUAAACCAGUUUUGUCCAUGAUAUAUUUCCAGAAAUCAUAAAUAAUGCAAAUCUAUUAAUAGUAAUUUUAAAAUGAAAUGACCUUGCCCUCGUCAAAAUCACCGUUUCACUUUCUUGUGCUCCUCGCAUUUCCUGGAAGAGCGGGACCACUACACACAAACAACCACACGCACAGUCCAGCCACAUCCACGUGAAAUUAAAAAUUCUCCAGGUGCCAGGAGCGGGGGUGGCUGCGGGGGUGGCUUGACGAUUGUUGUCUAAACCUAGAAACAAAGGGGAAGGAAUAACCAUGAGCCAGGAAGAGGAUGCAGUCGUACCAGAAGUACCUCCGCCAGCUGAUGAUGACGGCGAAAAGAAUAACUCUGAUAGCGACGACGAUGACGAAGAAUCAGGUUCUCAGGAACAAGACACGAAUGGGACUCCAAAUGGAACAAAUGACGAGAACUUUCAACCCAACUCGGCCUCAUCAGGUCAAGAAGAAAACCUUCUUUCUGGGGCGAUACCAAUUGUGGGGAUAAUUCUGGAGGAGGUCGGAGACGAUGGGGAACCAUUUGGAGGUAGUCAAAUAUUUGGAGGCAGUCAACAAGUCGACUCGGACGUCGACCAGUUUAUAAGCAACUCACAAUGUUCCGUCUCGUCGUCAUUGAGCAUGUAUCAGCCUUCUCUCCCCAGUCGAUCACCCCACCCUCUGAGAGACUAUGAAACUAAUCAAUUGGACGGCUUGUCGGGUUCUUGGCUCAAUUGCAAUAUUUAUUCACCAGAAUUUGCUAACAAUACUGAACGAGGAGACCCCUAAAACUUGGAUUGAUUGCUAUGAAAUAUUAAUAGAUGGAAUGAAUUCACACAAGUGCUAGAAAAUUUAGAAUUAAGCUAGGACAAAUCAAAACUGACGUAAUCAGAUAUUUUUUGUAUACAAACUGUGUCGUUUACAUUUCGUAGAAAUGAAUCAACAGUACAGGCGACGACACUAUUUUUUUUUCAUUUAACCUUUAUUUAUAAAUUGUUUGUUUUAUUAUAACUAGAACAAGUUUACAUUUGAAGCAAUACAAAAAAAAUGUAAAUAAUUCUUCCAUUUUUCUUAUUGUUCAUUACUUAUCGUAUUUUUAUAACAAUUAAAACAGAAAAAAAAGAAGUAAGUCUAUCGUCGCCUCGCCAAUCGUUCUUCAGGCUUAAAUUAGUGUUUUGUGUAUUUUUACGAUUCUUAGUCGAAUCUUAGGUCCCCUUCUAUGAAGGGGACCUUCAUCUAGGUUAUUUAGGAAUAAAUUGACAAAUGUAUGUAAUUGUAUUUUAUAUAAUCAACAAUAUUUAAUUUAUGAUCUACUAACAACUAAAGAUAAGGUUAAGGUGCUUAUUGCCUACCGUCCAACCAAUCAAUCUCAGCUUUGAUACUGAAUAUGCAUAUAUUAGUACAUUAACAAUACUAUAAAUUGUAUAAGUUUAAGAAUCGGAAAAGUAAGUAGAGAUUCGAUGAUUAUUAAAUAAAAUAAAUAUAUUUGCAAACACUG